UAAAGGGAGGGGUUUGCCUUUCCUGUGUCAAAUUACUAAAAGGACUCACAUUCCAGUUGUAGACGAGCAGAUUACGGCUGUAUGGGCCCAAAGGCAGACUAGAACCAACUAUGUUUCAGCAAGUUUCCCAAACCAACAUACCUGCUGUCCUACUCAAGAGGGCAAGAGAAAGCUCUGAGUAUCGCCGAACAUGUCGUCUGGACCCAGAGAAGGCGCACAGUAUUCUCCAUGUUCUUGGCACCUCUUUGGAGGCAAACCUGAACAGGAGUGCACCUCCCAGCACCAGGUUCUUUUCCGUGAAGUGCACUGCCAGUGUUCAGUACAGCAUCAGCCCAGCGCCCAAGGAAACGUCCCACUUAUCUCCCAUCCCUCUCAAAGGAAACUCAGUACUACUCAUCAACAUGAGCCAUGCCAGUCAGUUUGAAAACGAUAGCAAGCUGUCUGUUUGGUACUAUGGAGAAAACAAUGACUUACUGGGGAAAGCACGCUUGUACCUGACAGCUGUUGAGAUCUCUCUGGAUGUGGAUGCUGACAGAGACGGUGUUGUGGAGAGAAACAACCCUAAUAAGGCUUCCUGGAAAUGGAGUCCUAAUGGGCACGGAGCCAUCCUACUGGUCAACUGUGACUGUGAGCGCACCUACAGGAAGAAACCAGACAAUGAGCAGGACUAUGUCUCCAAAGUGUCAGAUCUGAAGGACAUGUCUGUCAUGGUGCUGCGGACCAGAGGCCCUGCCAAGCUGCCAAAGGGCUACAAGCUCACCAUGCACAUCUCUCAGGGUGACGCAGAGAGUGUUCGAGUCUUCAGGACCAGAUCCUCUGAAGUGAAUAACAGCCUGCCAGAGAAACUCUUCUAUCACUACUUUGUGAAGAACUAUCCACUGGUUCUGAGCAAUGAGGUCUUGUCCCAAGAAGUGCCUUACCUGGGAGGUGUGGCAGAGAUGAACUUUUACGUGGAGGGCCUCAGGUUUCCUGACAAAGACUUCAAUGGACUCAUCAGCAUCAACCUCAGCCUGCUGGAGCCCAUCUCUGCAGGCAUCCCUGAGACGCCCAUUUUCACAGACAAGGUCGUGUUCAGAGUGGCUCCUUGGAUCAUGACACCCAACACCCUCAAGCCUGUAGAGGUGUUUGUCUGCAGCACAUCUGAUAACUACCAGUUCCUUAAAGGAAUGAAGAACCUCGUCUCAAAGAGUGGCUGCAAGCUCAAGAUUUGCCAUGAGUAUUUGAACAGAGGAGAUCGCUGGAUGCAGGAUGAGCUGGAGUUUGGCUACAUCGACUCACCUCAUCACCAGUUUCCUGUUGUUCUGGAUUCCCCUCGAGAUGGAAAGCUUGAUGACUUUCCAUAUAGUGAACUGCUGGGCCCUGACUUUGGCUAUGUGACGAGGGUGGCUCAGAGAAAAGAUGUCAGCAGUCUGGACUCAUUCGGUAAUCUGGAGGUUAGUCCACCCGUCACUGUGAAUGGAAGAAACUACCCCCUGGGCAGAAUCCUCAUUGGAGUGGCCUUCCCUACUGCAACUAAAGGACGCAACAUGACCAAAGUAGUUCAGGACUUCCUGUGGGCUCAGAAGGUCCAGGAGCCGGUUGCCUUGUUUUCUGACUGGCUCUAUGUUGGCCACAUAGAUGAAUUCAUGACUUUUGUUCCAGCACCGGAUAGAAAGGGCUUCCGACUGCUGCUGGCCAGCCCGGACGCAGGCUACAAACUAUUCAGGGGCUUACAGAGCAGUGGACACGGACAAGCCAAACUGUUUGAGGAUGUGAGAGAUGAAGAACCAAUAACAGUGGAUGAGAUACUUAAUGAUGACGGUCUCCGAGAUGAAAAUAGCUACGUGCAGAGCUGCAUCGACUGGAACAGGGAUGUACUGAAGAGAGAGUUGGGCCUGGACGAUGAGGACAUCAUCGACCUGCCAAUCCUCUUCAAGUUAGAGGAGGAAGAUAACAGAGCGGUGGCUUACUACCCUGACAUGGUGAACAUGAUUGUCUUGGGGAAUAACCUCGGCAUCCCUAAGCCCUUUGGCCCCAGGGUGAAUGGGCGCUGUGCCUUGGAGGCAGAGAUGUGCUCCCUGAUGGAGGGUCUGGGACUCAGCUGCACGUUCAUCGACGACUUCGCCUCUUACCACAAACUGCUGGGAGAGGUGCACUGUGGUUCCAAUGUACGCAGGGAACCUUUUGCUUUUAAGUGGUGGAACCUGGAGAUGUGAGUGAAAGCUCGACAGUGGGCGGAGACCACUUAGAGGGGCAAGAAAUCACCCUGGGUUAGCUUCAGGUUGGGAGAGAUGUUUUUCUUUGUAAAGCUUCACAUUAUCUCCAUGUCUUACAAACACGAAACACUUAAUUUUUUUUUAUCAAGCACUCUGGAAUACAUGCUGCUGUUUUUCCAAAUAAUGUAUGCUUCAUUUUAAUAUGAAAGUACUUUCACAUUAAUCAUCAACAUUUGUGUGGGAAGAAUUACCCCAGGGGUGUGAUCCGGUUUAAUUAUCUUCGUCUUUAUUAAACAUUUUUGUUGGUUUUAUUUACAAAAUGGGUGAAAAGCAAUAUUUACAAACAAAUCUUUUGAACAAGGGCUAAAGCAGACUGUUGACAAGAACAGAAAUACAAUCAUUUGAAUCGAGUACAUAGAAGAUUCACCCCUAAUCUUGUUUUGGUUUGGACUGGCUGUUGGCGUACAGUGCAAGCACAGUUAUAUGAACAGUACCACGUAGUUAUGUGCUGUAAUAACUUAGAGCCACAAGAGGGCGUACUUCAGCUACUCAAGCAUCUCCAAAGUCCAGAAGAAAAUCAUUUUAAAUCAUAUCUUUUCAUAAAUCAGUUCAAAAGACUAAUAUGCAAAUGUGUAAUCAUUACAGAAAAUCUCUCCUUAUAUAUAUUUUUUUCUAUUCCAUGUUGCUGUAGUCAAAUGCAAAAUGUUGUCUUGUUCAGCUGUAAACAGCUUGAUGAAUACAGUAUAUUGGCUGUUUUGCAUUUUGGUCCAGUGUCUUACAUCUUUUCUGCUUUCACAAACUGUCAGUGCUGUCCUUUAAUCACUAUAGACAAUAAAUGUCAUGUCUGCUUCAGUCUCA